ACUUUGGUUCACAGCUUCAGAGGAUGUUUUGCUCAAGGAGAAUUCUGAUUGGCUCUGAAGACGGCAGAUGUUCACGCCUCUUGCAUUCUCCUUACUUGAGUCAUAACUGCCAAACACAAAAUACAGUUUCAUCGCUACAACCCAGAAUGAAAACACUCAUUUUUCUCGUUGUCGUGGGAACAUACAGCACAGCAGCAGAGCGACACACUAUUACUUACAUUGAGACUGCAGCCACUGGUUGGAAUGAAUCUCCUGAGUUAACUGAAGUCAUAUUUGUAAAUCGUCAGGAGUUCGUGCAUUAUAAGAGCAGCUUGAAGAAGAUGGUACCCAAGACUGAGUGGAUUGAGAAAACUGUAGAUCCUGAAUAUUGGGAAAGAGAGAGACAGAGAAACAUACACAGUGAGCAAGCGAUCAAAGCACAUGUCGUCUGGCUAAUGGAGCGUUUGAAUCAGACUAGUGGUGUUCACAUUUUGCAGUGGAUGUACGGCUGUGAGUGGAACGAAGACACAGAAGAGGUGACUGGAUUUGAGAUACUUGGUUAUGAUGGGAGAGAUUAUGUUGCAUUUGACCUGAAGACAGAGACAUAUAUUGCUUCAGCACCUCAGGCUGUUAUAACCAAACAUAAUUGGGACAGAGACAAAACUCGCAUAUCAUACAAGAAGUACUUCCUCACACAGGAGUGUGUUGACAAACUGAAGAACUUUGUGAACUCUGGGAGGAAAUCUCUGAUGAAAACAGUUCCUCCCUCAGUGUCUCUCCUCCAGAAGUCUCCCUCCUCUCCCAUCAGCUGCCACGCUACAGGAUUUUUUCCUAACGUGGCUGAGAUGUUCUGGAGGAAAGAUGGAGAGGAGCUUCAUGAGGAUGUGCACAAAGGAGAGAUCCUCCCCAACAAUGAUGAGACCUUCCAGAUGAGUGUUGAUCUGAAACUUUCAUCAGUCAAACCUGAAGACUGGGAGAGGUACGACUGUGUGUUUCAGUUCGGUGGUGUCAACAAGGAGAUCGUCACCAAACUGGACAAAACAAAAAUCAAGACCAAUACAGGUCCUUCAGGGUUUCAUGUUGGUAGUGUUAUCGGAGGUGUUAUCGGUGGUGUUAUCGGAGGUCUUGUGGUUCUUCUCCUGGCCGUCUGUAUCGGAAUCUAUUUCAAGUUACGAGGAAAUGGGUUUAAUCGUGCAAACACUUCUGAUACUGUGACUUGAAGAUUCAGACUCAAAAGUAAUUAAAUCCUAAUGGGAGCAGUAAAGAGUAGACAACCAUCUCUGAACUGAGGAAGGACCGAAGGGCACAGCUGUGAUUGCAGCCCCGACUCUCUGUGAAUGGUGCUCAGGACUACUGAGCAAAGGUCAUGACUUAAUCGCAAUCAUAAAACUGACCUCGUGGCCCAUUGCUAGUCAGUGGUGCUAAUUCCAGUCAUUAUGCAAAUGUUCUGUUUAUAAGGUUAUAAGUUUACAAGUCACUUGAAUGAGCGACGAAACGUUUCUCCCACUGAAAACGCUCCGUCCAGAUGAACAGAAUCAGUGAUUUUGUGUUUUUCACUCAGAAAUUGCAACAAUCACAGAUGUAGAUCCUAAAUUAUUUAAACACAAGGACAUUUUUGGGACAUUUGUCUAUGAUGAGAAGUUGGUUUCUUUUACCUUUUUAUGCUUCUUUUGUCAUUUUGUUUUGGAUCUGUUAUAAUUUAUAUACUUUAUAAUGUUAUCUUUUAUAAGAAAAGUUUAUUUUCAAGAACGUUCUCCUUCAAAUUAAUUUAUUUCACACAUUUUGUUAAGCUCUGUGAUUACAGACAUCAUAGAGCUGGGAUUAUUAAUGAAAUCCUUGCACAAUGUAUGAUAUUCAGAACUUGUACAGAUUUUAUAUAUAAAAUCAUUCGUAGAACAGUAAACAGUGGAGGGAUUCUAUGUUUUAUUUAUUUAUUUAAUUAUUAUUAUUUAAUAAUUUUAUCAGGCAACUGAGGACACGUUUAAACUGAAUCCUACUGACUGAGAUUCUUCUAGACCACAGUGGUAUAAUUUUUUGUCAUAUCUCACAGUUUUUCCCUUUAAAAAACAUCAUUACAUUUUUUUAAUGAUUUUGUCACAUCAUUAUUUUCUGCAUCUACUUUGGUUAGUCCUUUAAAAACUAUAAAGUUUUCGGGGUCUCUGGGAAUUCCAGUCAAAAGCAUCCAAUUCCACUUGUGCAAUUUUAAUAAAUGAAACCAUUCAUUCACUUAAUAUUUGCCAUGAGUCCUACAUGAAAGUGAUACAUCAGAGGAGGGUGAGAACUCAGACAUUUUAAAGAGCAAAACUCUUGGAUGCCGUCGUUCAUACUAGAAGUUCGGUGGAGACGUCACUGGAUCUACUUGAGACAGCUGCUCUGUGUGCUGGAUGUUUCACAUGAAGAGCAGAUGCUGCAACAACGCAGGUUGUAAUCCAAGAAACAUUGAUCCUCCUGGAAGUGAGAAAACUCCACCAGCUGAUGUGACUUUCCAAGGAUUUGCUUAAAGGUCUUCUCAAAAGAGAUGUUAACUUUACAUGACCGUGCCCUGAGGAAAGCAUGAAUCAAGCUGUAUGCUAUAACUGCCUGUAGUGUGCGUUUAGCCGCAGCUGUUCUUAGUUGUUUCUGCUCCAAACACAAUCAUGUAGCUUUAGCAUUGCCAGCAGAUUGUUUUCAGGUUUGUUCCUGGUGGGAGCUGGUCUGCAGUGUACUGAAAAGUCAAACUACUGUUAUUUUGAUGAGCUUUUAUUUAAGUAUGGAUAAUAUAACUCCAAUUUUAAAUGUGAGCACAAAAAGAUGUUGGUGCAAGUUAUGGAGACUUUACUAGGCUGAGAAACCCAAAUAAACAUUUCAGAGAGAGCAACACCGUACAAGUGGCCAAAUCAACAAUUUGGUGCAUUAUUAAAAAGAAUGAACGCACUGACCAGCUCGGCAACAACAAAAGGCCUGAAAGACCACAGAAGACAACUAAAGUGAAUGAUGGCAGAAUUAUUUACAUGGUUACAAGAAAUAACUUAAAACAUUCUGUACAAUUUAUACAAAACCUUGUUGAUCUUUUAUCCAGAAAGUCUUUGACCCAAUUAAACAAUCUACCCUUUACACCCAUUUUUUAAAGUUUAAUAAAUAAUCAUUCUUUCAGACCACAUCAUAGGUUUUUGUUCUGUAUCCAAAAACACUGCUCUCUAUUUCUUUAUUCAUCGGUGCUUUCCUUUUCACCUCUCAUCAAAGAGUCUUUUUCAGUUUAAAAACAAGAGGCAGCGCAUUCACAGUCCAGAGAGUUUCUCUACAGGGAGCUCUGCUAGCAGAUGGAGGCAGUUUAAUGUUUUUAGUCUUCGCUGACUAAAACUAGUUUGUCUUGUGGCAGCCACCGUACUAGCAUUAUGCAUUUGGAUUGGGGGGGGGGGUAAGAAAACACUUAAAGAGAAAGCUUACUUUUAUGUUCAGCAGUACUACAAUCCCAUUGCUAGAUGGCAACAUCUAACAAACCAAACCCAGCAGCACAUUGUGGAGAAAGCUAGUCCUGCAGCAGAGCUUAAUGAUAGUCUUUGAUGCUUAGACAGGUUUAUGUGCAGAAUGAGUGGAUUAUUUAUGAACA